AUGGUAUUCCAUCGAUUUCAACAGCUCCCAGCCGAGCUGCGUCUACAAAUCUGGGAGUUCGCCAUUGACGAAUCACUCCUCAUCGACGGCCUCGUCACCGACGGACAGAAGCCCAUCUGUCGCAUUGUUGCACCCCAGGCUGAGUCCGAGUCCCCAAGGGCUCCCUUCAAGCUAGUCGUUCCGGAGGAUCUCACAAUAGGACACGUCUGCUGCGAGUCACGGGAGGUCUUGCGUCGCUGCGGCCGACUCAACAGCUCACGCAGCUAUAUUCCUACAACUGACGUGGUCUACAUCGACGAUUACAAUGACUGGGUGAGGCUGGGCAGCAGCUCGCUGCGCCAGGUCCGCCACAUCGCCAUCUCGGCUCAAUUCUGCUAUGACCUGUUGGAGAUACAAGGCCCGUCGCCCACGGCCCUUGCACAGCUUGGCUGGCGCAGGAACCUCCCCAGAACCUACAAUUCAGACUUCUUUGAGCAUGUGCUUGUAUGCUGCCGUGAGAUCGAAAGCAUCACGAUCGUCCUUCCACCGCUCGAGGAGGACAUGCCACACUACGCCGACCAUUUGCCUCAGGCAAUGCGCCCUGCUUUCCUGAGGAUCGUGCCUUACUCGGAGGUCCAGAGGAUUCGGAUCGCGGGGCCCCAUUCCUACACGACAUGGUUGAGAGGAUCUUCCAACGCCAAGCGCCGGUAUCUUGGGCCAUUCAUCAAAGACGUCACCGAGGUUUGGGAAAAGCACCUUACUCUCCUCUUUGUCCCUGAAGACCAGCGCCGAGCCGUCACUGUACAGGCUGGAGUUUUCCAGUACCUCGAGGGACCGUUCAAGGGCGCAAUGAGGUUGUCUUCGAUCUACAAAGAUACAGGAGAGAUGGAAGAGGAGAAUCAGCCUGCAGAUCAGGAUGAGAUCAGUUCUUGA